AUGUCAAGAAGAUCACAACAAUCACAACAACGUAAACCUGCAAGAAGGGAUGAAAUAUCAUCAUCGUCAUCUGAAGAGGAGGAGGAGGAGGAGGAGGAGGAAGAGGAGAGCCCUGAGGAAUUUAGUGAAGGAGAGGAAGAAGAAGUUGGAAAUAAGAGAAAAAGAGCAACACCAAGAAAAACAACACAAUCACAACAAAGUUCAACAAGCACAACAACAACAACAACAACUACAACUAGAUCAGAAUUAACAGAAGAAGAGCGUUAUAAAUUAGUUUAUGAAUAUGUUAGACUUUUAUUAUUUUCAAAUAGAAAGAAAGUACCAAUUACAAAGACAGAAAUUAAUAAGAUCAUAUUGGCAAGAUUUAAAGAUAAGAGUUUACAAGGUUUUGUUUAUAAAGCUGGUAGAGAAUAUUUAAAGGAAUUCUUUGGUUAUGAAGUUGUAGAGUUGAAGAAAAAAGGCAAAGAAUCGUCAACUUAUAUCUUAAAGAAUUUAAAUGACUAUGAAGCAGUGAGACAAUUGGAUAGCAUCGAUCCAAUUGAAAACAGAGAAUCAAUGAUACAAAAAGAGAAUCUCACUUUAUUGACAAUUAUAUUAUCAAUCAUAUUUUUGGAAAAUGGUCAUGUUGAGUCACCACAAUUAUUACAAUUCCUAUCGGUAUUGGGUUUCUCUCAGAAUGAACCUCAUCCAGUUUAUGGUGAUCUUGAAAAAUUAUUAGAGAAAUUCUGUAGAGAGCAAUACCUAACUCGUAGAAAGAAUGUAGUCGAUAAUCAAAUCAUUUGGGUCUAUGAAAUGGGUCAAAGAUCUUCAACUGAAUCAUCCAAAAGAUUCAUUCUAAAUUCUAUCUCUGAUAUUUAUGGUAGUGAACCUGAUUCCAUUAUCUUAAAAGAAAUUGAACAAAAAGAAAAAGAUGAAGGUACUUUUGAUCCUCAAAAUGUAAAUUCAACAAGAGGUAGAACUCCAAAAACAAAUAAAAAUACUCAAUUUAAUCAAAAUAAUAAUCAAAAUAAUAAUCAAAAUAAUAAUAAUAAUAAUAAUAAUAACAAUAAUAAUAAUAAUAAUAAUAAUGAAGAUGAAGAAGAAGAAUCUCAACAAAGAGUUCAAAAAAGACCUCAACAAAGAGGUAAUUUAAGAAAACAAGUCACAAUUGAAGAGGAUGAAGAAGAGGAGGAAGAACCUCAACAAAGUCAAAGAAUGUCUCAAAGAAGUACAAGAAGAUAA